CCAGCAGAAAACCUAGAACGGGAAAAAAAAAUUAAAUUCGCUAGAUCUUCCAAAUCAAAACCCUAGAACCCCCAAAUUCCUGACCUAGAAUGGCAAUCGCAAGAACCGGCGUCUAUGUAGACGAUUAUCUGGAGUACGCAAGCACAUUGCCAGCUGAGCUUCAGAGACUCCUGAAUACAAUCCGAGAACUCGAUGAACGGUCCCAAUCUAUGAUUAAUCAUACAAGGCAGCAAACUAAGUAUUGUCUAGGAUUGGCGGCGAAAAGAGGGAAUGGAAAUAGUUAUUUUAAUAAUAGUCAUGAAGAUGAGGACACUAUUGAGAAAAUGAGGAAGGAUAUAGAGGCAAGUCAAGAAAAUGCAUUGAGCUUGUGCACCGAGAAGGUUCUGUUGGCACGACAAGCUUACGAUUUGAUAGAUAGCCAUGUAAAACGUCUUGACGAGGAUUUGACCUACUUUGCAGAAGAUCUAAAGCAAGAAGGAAAGAUACCACCAGAUGAGCCUGCCAUUCUUCCUCCUUUACCUAUUGUUCCUAAGCUUGAGAAACGCAAGCACUUUUACGGAACACCUCAAUCAAAGAGGCUAGAAUACAGGGAUAGAGAUUGGGAUCGAGAGCGUGAUAGGGACUUUGAACUCAUGCCUCCUCCAGGGAGCCAUAAGAAGGACUUUGCUACCCCUCUUGAUGUAGAACAGCCUAUUGAUCCAAAUGAACCUACUUAUUGUGUCUGCCACCAGGUGUCUUUUGGAGAUAUGAUUGCCUGUGACAAUGAAAAUUGUCAAGGAGGUGAAUGGUUCCAUUAUGCAUGUGUCGGGCUUACGCCAGAGACAAGAUUCAAGGGAAAGUGGUACUGCCCAACCUGUAGAAUGCUUCCACAAUGUCAAUAAUGAUACAUGUAUGUAUUGCACUAUUUGAGAUGUUUCAGUGAAUUGUUCAUUAUGCUGUUUCAGCAUCUUUUUCCAGAAUUUAGGAAGAAGUAUUGUAACUGUAAUUCAAUCAAUGGAGAUAGGUUUUGUUACA